AGAUUAGUGAUGUAUUUUAUGAAUGGCGUUAGUUAACCUAUAAUGGCGAUUAUAACAAUGGUAAGAAGGUUGGCUUUUGGGAUACUAGAUAUAGGAAGGGUUUUUGCAAUUCUUUUAAAUCGGUGUAUUAAUAACAAAUGAUAUUUUAUCUACUAAUUUAGUGGUGGAGGGUUAUAUGAUGAAGCAGGUCACGGACUUAAAAAUGGGUAUUGGAUCGAUACAAUUGAUUACUUUGGAUAUAAUUAUGGAGAACCUUUAAUAACAUUAAACGGUCAAUAUUAUUAUGGCACAAAAGUUGGUAUAUGGAAUACAUGGUAUAAAUAAGAUGAGUAAAAUGAAAAAAUGUAAAUUAUUUAUAUAUUUAAACUAUCAGAAGUGAAGGAUGUUAUGAUAAAGGGAUGAAAAUUGGCUAAUGGAUUGAAAUUUGUGAUGAAUUUCGAAAAUGCUAAUAAAUAACUUUAAACGGUGAAUACAACAAUGGAAAAAAAGUUGGCGUAUGGAUGGAAAUGUAGAGAGAUAAAGAUAAAACAGAG